UGUUAUAGUUCUCGCACGAACAUCUCGCGAGAACGUGGCAGCCUCCGAGGUGCAACGAAAGCAGAAAAGCGGCUGGAGCCACGAGAAGAAAAACUUGGAUUUUGGGCGACAAAAGCGAGGAUUACCAAAAUGACCAGAGGUAACCAACGUGAGCUUGCACGUGCAAAGAAUGCCAAAAAAGGUGGUGACAAAGGGAAGAAGGCCGAUGAUGGGCUGUCUGCCGCGGCCCGGAAGCAGAGGGAUGCGGAAAUAAUGCAAGAGAAGCAGAAAGCAGAGAAAAAGGGGGCCGGAGGAGGAGGGAAAGAAGAAACCAAGUCCAAGUAAAGAAUGAAGAGAAUUCAGAGACAGAUCCGACUCAGUGCUUCAAUAGCAUCCCAUGUUCAGCAUUCUUCCUGAUAUUUAUGAGAAUGGUUCUGUCAUUUCUGCCUCAAGAAUCUUGGAUCCUUCAUUCUUCCAUAUUGCAAAUGACAUUGCUUGUUGGAUUUGUUAUCUUUACUUGGUAAUAUUAUAUCUGAGCAAUUUAACGGUUGUCCCACGUUGGUGCAGCAUGUGCACCAGUGGUGGAAGCAGCAGGAGAAAGAUGAACAAUUGUUGACACUAAGCACCCACGUAACAUUUGUGUAUUUUUGUAAAAACAUGUCCCCGGCAGGUUUUAAAUAAAAUGUAUCUUUUUAAUUCA